AUGAAAGACCUACCACCAGCAAAAAAAAAUAAAAAGCCCUCAGGAACGGGAAAAUGGUUAGGUUCAUUGCUAAUCCUGCUUUUUCUCAUUAUCGGUGUGGUUCUACUCAUGGAAGGUUUUUCCGAUCCUGACCAAAAGACUUUUGAAUUAUGCAAGAAAGAGAGUGGAACCUUGGAAAUUGAAGGCUUGAGCCAAGACGAAGCCGAAUAUGCUGUCCAUCCCUGGGGAGACAAAGGUCACUAUCGCCUUUAUGGAGAGGGAAAAAAUUUUUUCAAAAGGCUAGUCGGCAAGCAAGCCAUUUAUGAUGCCUUUUGUAAAUUAGAGCCACGCGAGGUAAGAGACAAAGAAAUCGAUUUUGUCGGAUUCACCAGCCCAAAAAAGGUCAAAAUUCCCAUCAUUGAGUCUCUUACCAAACUUAAUUUUUUUGCGGAAAAAAAGCCAUGGCUUACUUUUGAGAAUGCAAUCAAAUUGAUAACUACUCUGGCCUCUCUUUUAGUAGCGUUUUACAUUUUUGAUAUGAUUUUUGGCACCAAUAUCCUUGGGGCAAUUGCCUAUCCUUUUCGCAAUUGGGGAAGAGGAACCGGAGAAACAGAUGUUCCGAAAAUUGGUUACAAAGAUGUAGGAGGUUAUGAUGAAGUAAAAGAGGAACUGGGUGAAAUAGCCGAAUACGGAGUCAAGGUUCCUACAAGCACAAUAUUAUAUGGUCCGCCCGGCAACGGCAAGACCUUAGUGGUUAGAGCCACUGCUGGCGAGUGUAAAAAACCUUUUCUCUUUCGCUCGGGUUCCGAAUUUGAGGAGUCAGUGGUAGGACUGGGUGCCAGGAGGAUGCGAGACCUUUUUCGCCGAGCCCGUGAACUGGCUAAAUUAUAUGGAUUUUGUUUUGUUUUCAUUGAUGAAAUUGACGCAAUUGGUCGUAAAAGAUACUCAGGCCAUUCUGGGCACGCUGAACAGACUCUAAAUCAAUUACUAACUGAGUUGGAUGGAUUUCGUCCUCGCAAUAAUGUUAUUGUUCUAGCAGCCACCAACUCCUUACAUGUUUUAGAUAGUGCUCUAUUGAGACCAGGCCGAUUCGACCGCAAGAUUUAUGUCCCUUCUCCCAAUUUAAAAAGCCGACGAGAAAUUAUUAAACUUUGUGCUCGCAAACUGCUACUAAAACCUAAUGUCGAUUUGGAAGAGAUUGCGUCUUUGACUAAGGGUCUAAGCGGAGCACAAAUUACCAGUAUGUUUAAUGAGGCUUCUAUUUUAAGCAUCCGCAGCGGCCAAAAAUACAUUGACUAUGAAAUGAUUUUUGAAGCCUUUGACCGAGUAUUAAUGGGACCUUCUUGGACCAGCCAGACUCUAACUCCGGACAAAAAAAAAAUAGUGGCUUAUCAUGAAGCCGGUCAUGCAAUUAUUGGUCUAAGUUUGCCGGAAACAAUUGUCAAAAAAAUUACUAUUAUUCCACGUUUGUCAGCCGGCGGCUACACUUGGGUUGAUUUGUAUGGGGAAAAAGGUGACGAUUACCUUAUUAACAAAAGCCAAAUGCUAGCCCAAGUGAUGUCUUUUUUGGGUGGACGAGCCAGCGAAGAGUUAAUUUUUGGCUUGGAAUAUAUCACCAUCGGUGCUUAUAGCGAUUUUAAGCAAGCCGCUAGCAUUAUUCGAGACCUAAUUCUGCGUUAUGGAAUGUCGGAUUUAGGGAUUGUUCCAACCCAAGAAACUUUUUUUUCUAGUGAAGAGAUACCGCCAGAAUUGCCCGAAGUUGCCAAGCAAAAAAUCGAGCAGGAGCGAGAAAAAAUAAUGAACCAAUACUUAUUAGCAGAGGCGCUUUUAGCCAAAAAUUCUCUCCAAAAAGAUGAUAUUAAUUAUAUCUUUGUCAACCAACCAAUUAUGAUGAAAAAUAGACCAGGAUAUUUUAUGCGAAGUAUCAAAAAUAAAUUAGAGUAUUUUGCCGAUAAGACCAAAAAAAAAUCUGGUGUUUUGCCUGAAACACCAAGUGUUGCCGUAGGCCAAAAACAGUUUUUUGCCAGAGACCAAAAGAUUAAAAAAAAAUUCAAAACCCACCCAAUAAAUAAUGAUUCGUCCGACCAAGGCACAUAUAAUGUUUGGCAGAAGUAUAAUGAUUUUAUUCGUCGCCUUUACUUAGAAAAGCCACUUAAAAGACCUACUGGCAAACAGGUGACUCUCAAAUACUUGAGCAAGUUAACCAUUGUCUUUUUUGGAGCUUUAUUUACUACUCUUACCUUUUAUUUUUUGAUUGAUCCGAAUGGUCUUUAUAACAGCGGGUUAAAUGGUUUAUUACAAGCCGCUUCUAAACUAAUAGUUGGCCGUGGCAAUGCUAAAUUAGAAAUAAUUAGCACCUCGAUUUUUUAUGUUUUGUCCCAAAUUGCUUGGACGCAAAUAUUUGGUAUUCUCAAAUUACGUGAAUAUGUUUUCAAUCGGUUUAACCCUAGCAGUUGGCAAGGUCUGAGCGCCAAUAGCCAAUUAUCUUUUACCCUACCCUAUUACAUAGUUAUCGCCAUCGUGGCAGCGAUUAUUCACACCUAUGGAUAUAGCCUAAUUUUCCAAGCCCAGGCGACCCCCGGCGGCCUGGAGAUUUUUACUUCUCAUUUUUCUUCUCGCAAAGGCAAAAAGAAAGUUUCAAUUAGCACUUUGAUGAAAAUUUUCGGAUUGGCUAUCAUUUUUUUUGUUACUCUCGUUAAUUUCUUCAUGAUUGAGGACGACUCCAAAAUGAGAGAAAGCCUGCUCCAAAAAGAGUUUGAAGAGCAAAAGGAAAAACUUGAGGGAAAUGAGAGAGAAAUGAAAUACGCUAAGCAAUUAGAAAAACAGGAAAACCCAGACCUGAAAGAAAUUUUCGCUAUUCGAGAGAAAUACCGCCCCCUUACCUCCCUUCUUAAAAGUAAAACCGGCUUUCAAGAGUUAGAAAAUUAUCCCCAAGAAAUCCGAUAUUAUUUAGCCUGUCCCGAAGAAAAGAAAAAAAUAUUACAAGCCGAAAGGGACAAAAUUGAGAGAAAAAUAAAUAGCGCGAGCGACAAAAAAUUAGUCCGAAAAUUACGGAGAAAAAAUGAUUUAGAAACCCGAAUUAAAGAGUUAGACAAAGAGGAAGAAAGAAGCGUGGUUCAUAAAUAUUUAACAACCAUGGUAUAUAUUUUUCUUUCCUCGUUCUUGAUUAGCCAAAUUUUCCCUCGCGACCAAAUCAUCCUCUUGCGUCUCCAUUCCUUAACCGAAGAAAAUCGCAACAAAGGCUUGAAAUUGUUGAAAAAAUUUUCUCCGGUUUACUACACCGUUUAUCGCCGAAAAGGCCUCAAAGAGGAAGUUAUUCAUGUAGUCAAUUGCCGCUUAAGCAA